AUGGCCUCCACUGCGAAUGCCAGCGUGGAUGGCUCGUGCCCCGCGAUGCGGGACGCCGCUGAUGAGGCGCUGUGGGCAAAGCUGGAUGAGGUGCAGAAGCUGCUCGCGAAUAGGUCGGACGCGAAGGAACUCUUCACCAAGUACACGGUGCUCCGCUCCGUGGUGGGCGAGGUGAAGCCCGUCUUCGCCGACUCGGUGCGCACACGGGUGAAGGUGUUCUGCGAGGAGCCGUCCUUUGCCGCCCCAGAAGAGUGCGACGACUUCGAGCCGGUCUCGCUGCACGUUGUGGCUUACUUAAACUACAAGCUCUUUAUGGAGGAGAUGAAGGAGCUGAUGGUGCAGGCGCGGCUGUUGAAGAGUAUCGGGAUGGAGGGGUCAGGGCUGCGGUUCCAGCGCCGCGAGCAAAACAUCGUUGCGCCGGGCAACGAGCCGCGCACUGGAAGCAGCAGCAAGCCAUCUGCCCAGGUGUCAAUGCACAAGCCGAGCUACCGCCCUGCGACCCUCAUCCCCGUUGGCACGCUGCGGCUGCGUCGGGUCUCGAAGGCGUCGGGGGCAGGAAAGCUUACGGAGGUGGUUGCCAAGAUCGAGCGCGUGUGCGUUGUCAAGAGCGCUCGCUGCUUCGACGUCGGUCGGACUUUGAUGAGAGCCGCCGAGAAGAUCGCCCGGGACGCUUUCCACGUCCGCUGGGCCCUUACAUACGCGCAGCUGAGCUCCAAGGAUUUUUACACCAAGGCCGGCUACACACCGAAGGACGGGCGUGCGUGCAUGGACUUACAUAUGCCGCAUGUUGUGAUGGUCAAGUGCUUGGUGGAUGCCUCGAUGUGA